UGAUCCGCGUGUUGACAGAGCCAGGCAGGCGAUAAUAUCACAUAGCCAACUUGCACAUUUCCUCUGAUUCACUUUCCCAUUAUUGUUAAAGGCACUGCACGCUGCAGAACAGAAGCACGCUGUCAUUUUGUUAGACCUGCUCCUAAAAUGAGCCUUAAAUGAGAUGCCUGUGAUCAGGAGGAAACAGUUGGAAAUAAUUUGAUACAACGGGGGAGUGGUCUGAAUCUCACUGUCCGUUAUUGCCGUGGUAAAAAGACAGACACACUUUGGAGUUCACUGCUGGGACGUCUGGCAGUUCUUUCAUCCACAGUGCAGGCUGUGUGGCUCGGCGCUCUGCCCGAUACCCUCUCUGUCCUCUCUCCUCUGCUCACGCUCGUGUCUCCGCUCCUGAACAGCUGGCCAAAGGACUGAUUGUGUCUUACCUGUGAAGGAAAGAGCAAGCAGACUCUACUUCCUAGCCAAACGGAGGAGCGUUUGCCCAGGAAAUAUUCUGCACUCUCUGGCAACUGGAUGGGAAGAAGGAGAAUCUUUGACCUUGGAAAAUGAAGAUGUUGUUGCCAUGGGAACUGUUAAUCCUUCUGUCACUCAAAGAGUGCCUUGCUGAGAAUACACGCCAUGGUCCUGUCUUCACCCAGGAGCCUAGCGACAGUAUUUUCCCAAUGAGCACUGAUGAUAAGCAGGUGUUUAUUAACUGUAAAGCAAAAGGGAACCCACCUCCGCGUUAUAGGUGGAAGGUAGAUGGAAGAGACAUAAACACGGAUUCAGAUCCAAACUACAGCCUUGUAGAGGGGAACCUGCUGAUCAGUAACCCUCAUGUCAUCAAUCACGGAGGAGUGUAUCAGUGCAUUGCCACCAACACAUUCGGGACUGUCGUCAGCAGGGAGGCAAAAGUCCAGUUUGCAUUUCUGCAGAACUUCAGCAGCAAGACGAGGAACACGGUGUCGGUGAGAGAGGGUCAGGCUGUGGUUCUGCUCUGUGGACCCCCGCCCCAUUACGGAGAGAUCAAAUAUUCAUGGGUUUUCAAUGGACAGCGCAACUUCCUACAGCAGGAUGCUCGUCGUUUCAUUUCUCAGAAGACGGGAAACUUGUACAUAGCCAAAGUUGAAGCAUCGGAUGCAGGGAACUAUACAUGCGCAGUGAGAAACAUGAUGACCAACUCAACAGUGUUCAGCUCUCCAACCCCAGUGGUGGUACGGAGGGACGUAGUGAUGGGCGAAUACGAGCCAAAGAUCGAGGUUCAGUUUCCUGACACCCUUCAUGUCUCCAAAGGAUCGUCAGUGAAACUGGAAUGCUUUGCCUUAGGAAACCCUGUGCCUUCCAUCUCAUGGAGAAGAGCUGAUGGAAACCCACUCCCUGGCAAGAUUAAAAUCAACCACUCCAGCGGGGUUCUGGAAAUUCCAUAUUUUCGCCCAGAGGAUGCUGGCAUGUACGAGUGUGUAGCCGAAAACAGCAGAGGACGAAAUGUUGCCAGAGGGCAACUUAUAUUCCACAGUGCUGAACAUCUGCAGUGGGUCCAGACACUGAAAGAUGCCCAUAUGGCCAUCGAUGCUAACCUGCAGUGGGAAUGUAAAGCCAUUGGCAAACCUAGGCCUACGUACAGAUGGUUGAAGAAUGGUCAGUCACUAAAAGCAGAGGAGAGGAUCCAUUUGGAAGCUGGCAGACUGACCAUACCCAAGAUUAGUCUGUCAGACUCUGGGAUGUAUCAGUGUGUGGCAGAGAAUGAGCAUGGAUCUGUGUAUGCCAGUGCUGAGCUCAAGGUUGUAGCCUCGCCGCCUGACUUCACCCGGCGCCCUGUGAAGAAGUCCACGGUGAUCCAGAGGGGGGGUGAGGUGGUGUUAGAGUGUCGCCCCCACGCUUCUCCCAGGGCCACAAUCUCCUGGUGGAGAGAGGGGGGGAUGCACCUGAAGGACAGUGAGAGACGGACCAUCAUGGAAGAUGGAACUCUUCGUAUCACCAAUAUCUCCAAAUCGGAUGGAGGCAGGUACACAUGUGUGGCCAGAAACCGUUUUGGUACUUCCAGCAGCACAGGGUCACUGGUGGUAAAAGAGCCCACAAAGAUCAUAGUUCCACCCUUGAGCUUGGAUGCCAGCGUGGGACAGAGCAUCGUGUUGCCCUGUGAGGUGUCUAGUGAUUCGUCCCUGAGCCCCAUCUUCAAGUGGUUUUUCAACGGCAAAGCUAUCGACUUCAACAGACAGGAGCACUUUGAGAUGAUUGGAGGAGGAUUUGCGGGUGACCUGAUGGUGAGGAACAUUCAGCUAAAGCAUUCUGGGAAGUAUGUGUGUAUGGUACACACUGAAGUCGACACAGUUUCUGCAGCAGCAGACUUAAUUGUCAGAGGACCUCCUGGGCCCCCCGAGGGCCUGGUUGUGACUGACAUUACUGACACUACUGUGCAACUGUCUUGGGGCUCUGGACCUGACAACCACAGCCCUGUUACUAAGUACAUGGUGCAGGCCAGGACCCCCUUCUCUAUAGGCUGGCAGACUGUGAGGACAGUUCCUGAUUCUGUGCCUGGACAGAUGAUGCAUGCCACAGUGAAAGAGCUGAACCCCUGGGUGGAUUAUGAAUUCAGGGUGGUGGCAAUCAACAGUGUUGGUGUUGGAGAACCCAGCACGCCAUCAAAACAGAUUCGAACCAAAGCAGCAGUUCCCAAGGUUGCGCCGAUUAACGUGAGUGGUGGCGGAGGAGCUCGAGGAGAACUUGUUAUUAUGUGGGAGCCAGUUCCAGAGGAACAGCAGAGCGGAGAGGACUUUGGCUAUGUUGUAGCUUUCCGCCCACUUGGCAGCAGCACCUGGAUCCAGACAGUGCUGGCAUCACCUGACGCAUCCAGAUAUAUUUACAGAAACGACAGCAUCGCACCCCUGUCCCUGUUUGAGGUGACAGUGGGAGUCUACAACAAUAUGGGAGAGGGGCCGUUCAGCCGCGUUGUUAGGGUGUUUUCUGCAGAGGAAGAACCCUCUGAAGCACCUUCGAGAGCGUGGGCCCGUGCGGUGUCAGCCUCAGAGAUCGAGGUGUUCUGGGAACCAGUUCCUCCGAGGUCCAACAGUGAGAAGAUCGUUGCAUAUGAGGUUCUCUUCUGGGAGGGAGGAUUGGAGCAGAGUGAAGCAGACAGAGUGAGGGUUAUCAACUGCACAGCUCUGCUCUCUGGCUUAAAGGGCAGCACACGUUAUCUGAUCUCAGUCAGAGCCCAGAACAGUGCUGGACUUGGACCCUGCAGCCCACCUUUUAAUAUCACCACCAAGAAACCGCCACCAAGUCAGCCUCCAGGGAGUAUUGAAUGGAACCUGACCAACUCUAAGAUCUUUCUAAAUUGGGAACAUGUCAAAGCGAUGGAGAAUGAGUCUGAGGUGACAGGAUACAAGGUUGUGUAUCGCCAGAACUGGCAUGACAGGACCACUGUACUGGAAACCAAUAAGACCAGUUUGGAACUGCAAAUCCCCUCUGGAGAGGACUACCUCAUUGAGAUCAAAGCUCUGACCGAAGGGGGCGAUGGCACCAGCAGCGGUCCCAUCCGCAUACCAAAGAUGUCCAAUCUCAACUCAAAAGGAUUUGUGUUUCCAGUUUCAAUUCAUUUUCCCUCCCUCUUGAUAUUUUCUAUGUUCAUUUUGUAGCUUCUAAUGCCUUUAUAAUCAGCUCUAGACAAAAGAAUGAAAAUAGUGUAAGAUUGUCUUUUAUCUUAUUCCAUCAGAUUUAUGGAAUAAGCAGCAGGAAGUAGAAAUUUUCCAAAGCUGAAUGAUGAAACCAUUCUGACAGGUUGUCAAAUGGCCCACAGAAUCCGUGGCCGGACCGCUACUCACAGGCAACAGCACAAUUACAAAACAUUUUCAUCUGGCAAUUUUCAGGACCACUGCGACCCUCCAGGAUGCAUGCAUUUGAUAAACAUGGGAAGAUGAGUUUCUUAUCGUGCACUGAGAAUUGAACAUCAGCGCAGGUCCGUGUCCCAGUUUCCCCAUUCCACUCUACAUUUCCACUUUUUCUUGCCCUAGCUUCUAAGAACAGAUAAAAGGCACGAGUGUCACCUUCUUAACAUGCAGCUUUAAAACAGUCAUUCAGAUUCCUUUAUUUACUUUGUUAAGUGUUGUUUUUAAGCAUGCACAAAUAUAGUAGUGCUAUAGGUUAAUCCAAAAAGUUGGCUACAGGUACAUGGUGUCGGUGUCCAGAUCAGUAAGUCAAAGUAACAAGCAACAAUGAUACAAGUCAUUGGUAUGUGUGUUUCAUUCAUUCACUAAUCAGCAUUUUCAGUAAAUCUCCAAAUAAAAAUGCCUAUACAUGUAAAUACCUGAUGGUAAGGAAAUUUAAAGAAAGUACAUCAACAUUAACACCAAUAUUAACCUUUUUUUUAUAUACUAUUCUAUAUUGUUAUAUAUUCUUUCAGAUUCUUCAGUUAGAAUUUCUCCUACUUGUUUGCUUUACUGGUGCAGGUGUCUCCCCUUUCUGCAUGAACCACCCCAAGGUAAACAUGUGCACAGCAAACAGCAAACAAGAUCUUUUGAUUUAGAUUCUGAUUUACUGAUAUUGAAUCUGACAGUUAUUUGGCAUGUGCAUUUAUUUUGUGGGAUGGGCAAAAGUGUUUCUACACACGUAAGUGAAUGAGCCCCAACGUCCUUUUUUUUCCUACUCAGCUGCUGAGUGCAUUACCCACAAUGCACUUUGAACACCAAACAUUCUCUGAGUGAUUCUUGUGGGUUAUGCUAUCGUAGCCUUGAGUUGCUAGGCACACGCAGACGAGAAGCAGGCUCCAGAGAUCGAGUAGACUCAAUUCUUUCUAGCAUCACUUGAAACUGUCUAUCAGAUUUAGUACAGCUCGCUCUGGAGCCACAAAAGGCUUUGUGAACCUGUUUUCACAUAUGUAAAAAAAUUAAUAAAUAAAUAAUAAAAAAUAAUAAA